AAACAGUGACAGUUGGUUUACACACGUCACCUGCCACAGAUUGUUGUGAUUCAGAUGAGAUGACAUCGUCUGGAAUAUUUUACAUUUGUUAACUUUCUGUCACAUACACGUUGGUCUCGUGCUGCCUUCGCGUGACGUCUGGAUUAUGGUAAAUACGCAUUUUCUGAUUUGGAAAUUGCACGUGAACGCACCGCGGUCCGCGCCUUCCUCCCGGUGUCGGCUGCAGGAGGCCGGGCAGCUCACCUCCAAGGCCGACUCAAACAUAUUUGGUCGUUCAGAGAAUGCGGUCUGCUGUCGGUUCUCACGGUCUGGUCAGAAGUAUGUGGGGCUACGUGGACUCCACCCUAAAGUGGUGCUGGAUCCCCGGCUGGCUGCCUCCAUGGUGCCCGACCUCUGAGAUCCAGCUGCAGGCCGCAGAGGACAUGAUGCUCAGAUGUGUAAACAGCUCUUUCUCCAAACUGUACGUCCACAUUCCCGGUGGAAACCAGCUGUGGACUUUGAUCUUCAGCGGCGUUGGCGUGAAAGACAAAACCCCUGUGGUUCUGCUCCACGGGUUCGGAGCUGGCGUGGGCCUCUGGGCUCAGAACCUGGACGCGCUCUCCCGGCGUCGUCCCGUCUUCGCCCUGGACCUGCUGGGCUUCGGUCAGAGCAGCCGACCCGUGUUCUCCUCGGACGCCCGGGAAGCAGAGGACCAGUUUGUGGAGUCUAUCGAGCAGUGGAGGGCGAAGAUGGGUCUGGAGUCCAUGAUCCUGCUGGGUCACAACCUGGGAGGAUACCUGGCCGUGUCAUACUCCAUCAAGUACCCCGACAGAGUGAAGCACAUAGUUCUGGUGGAGCCGUGGGGUUUUCCUGAGCGUCCAGACACAGAAGAGUCGGACCGUCCCAUCCCGGUGUGGAUCAAAGCUCUUGGGGCAAUGUUCAGCCCCUUCAACCCCCUGGCUGGCCUGCGCCUGGUCGGACCGUUGGGUCCCACUCUGGUCCAGACCCUGAGGCCGGAUUUCAGGAGGAAGUUCUCGUCCAUGUUCAGUGACAACACGGUGUCAGAGUACAUCUACCACCUGAACGUGCAGACGCCAAGUGGUGAAACCGCUUUUAAGAACAUGAGCGUUCCCCGCGGCUGGGCCAAGAGGCCGAUGAUGCAGAGGAUGGAGCGGCUGCCUCCAGAGGUUCCCAUCACCAUCAUCUACGGCUCCCGCUCCAGCGUCGACAGCAACUCGGGCAGCGGCGUCAAAGAGAUGAGGCCACUUUCUCACGUGGAGAUUAUCACGAUCCGCGGAGCCGGACACUACGUGUACGCCGACCAGCCCGACGACUUCAACCAGCGCGUUUUACAAGUGUGCGACAAAGUGGACUGAAGCUGUUAUCGACACCACGAAGCGACGGUAACGCACAUUGGUGUUCAGAGCCGCGGGAGUCGGGAGCGUUUCUACAUAAUCUAGAUAUUAUAUAUGAAGUCUGACCCGCGGCUCGUAAACUCGCGCUGAUGUUCACAUUCUAUCAACUGACCAACGAUUCUACCACAUUCUUAGAAACUCGGUGAAUUCAGGCAACAAGAUGUAUCGUUCAUCAAGUCCUAAACAAAUGGGCCUACAGUCGCGCACACACACACGCUUCGUGGUUAAUUAGUCUCAGUAUUAAUUAUACGAUAAGAUUUUCCCAGAAAUGCCACAACAUGCAGAGGAGAAGAGAAAAGGCAGAUUUGGAGCUUUUGAAAUCUCAAAUCAUGUUGUAUGUAUGUAUCCAAAACAUGUCAAAUAGUUUGUAUAAAGUUAAUGGACAUGUAUAUUUAGUUUUAUGUUAUAUGAUAUAUAUAAUAAUAAUAAUAAUAUGAUAUGAUAAAUAUCAAAGAAGAGUCUCAGUUACACUUCCUGUCCAGUGGCCUCAUCUGUGGAUUGUGGUUCCAUAUGAUUCCGAUGCAGACAGGAAGUACAGUCUUCAGCGCCAGAGAUCCUCUGCAUCAGCACCAACAAGCAGCUACUGUAUAUACAGUAAAUGAUCUGUUGUGUCUCUCUAUCGAAUCUUCAUUUCAUCUGCAUUGAUUACUAUCUUUAGUUCCAGGAGCAAAAACAGCUCAAUCAAAAUCAAAGACGUACAGUAUCACUUGGAGCCUGUAAGUAUAGAGGUGGGUUGUGGACGAUCCAUACAAUAUUAAUGUGGUCACGUGAUGAUAUGACACAUAAUAUUUGACUUCCCCACGCCCUCAAUACUACACGGUAUUUAUCUGAGGAUGUCGAAGCCUAAACUGAAACAUUUAAAACUCAUGUUAGAGAAAUAACUGUCAAUCUUCAGAAACAAUCUGGGAGUGAGUGCUCGACAACAUCUGAUAUCAAGUCACAUUAUAGAAGUGGAGGGUCCAGAAUGUCCGCCGCUGCUUUUAGACUCAACUUUAUUUUUGUAAUCUUUCUAACACGUCCGAUAAUUUGGUAGAAGUGCAAUAUAAAAUCACCGGAGUCUCUAUUAGGUUGUUAACUGUAUUGUUGUAAUGAAUGUGAAUUGAAAUAAUUGACAUAUGAAAGGAAACGUCUGAUACUGUAUAUAACUGAUGGACUCAUGUGUCUACCUCUUCAAGGGCUUCUUUGGAAAAGAACAUUCAAAGGCCCAUCAGCAUUUUUUUUUUAAUUGAGGCAGAUUCACAAUUUAAAUGUUUUCUGUGUCUUUAAUGUAAAAAGAGUUCUGUAGGAAGAAAGUCAACGUGAUGUCUUAACGUGAAGCCUUUCACAAAUGGUCUUGGACAAUACGCAGCAUUAAUGAAGGAGCUUGUGUCACAGGGAAAUAGGACUUUGUAUUUUUAGUUUCUCCUGUUAACAAGUUAUUUAGCUUGUGACAGUUCUCCUAUUUCUGAAUAUGUAACACCGUUCUGCUCCAGAUGGCCUGAUGAGCAGAGCAUAUGCUCACACGCAAUACUAAUAGUACAUGUACUUUAUUGCUGAUGUGUUUGGACUGGGUGACUUUCUACUUUGUGAAAGAAUAAAGACUCAAAAUAU